AUGGAGACGAUGAGGUUCUUGCGGAGGAUGAUGUCCUCCACCUCGUCGGGCAUGCGUUGCGGUCACGCCGGCGACGGUGACACCAUCGGUGGUAGUGAGGAUGCUGCUGCUGCUGCUGCUUCUGCUUCCGCCUUGGGCUUGGAGAAUCGCGUGUCGCGGUGGGUCAAGAGAAGGGCUACGACAACGGAUCGGGGUGGUGCAAUGCGUCCACGUGUGCGGGCAAGGUCGAUGGCAGUUCGACGCAGAGGAGGCGGGCAUCACUGGGGCAGCAGCGGCGGAAAUGGAGAUGGGCUUGGGGAGGGGAGGGAUUUAGGGAGCGAGAGGAGCGGAGGUGCGAACGGGCGAGUGGGGCGAGCAGGAGGGCACGGUUGCGGCGGUGGUGGUGCUGGGCGAGGGCAGGAGGAGGGCGUGGGCGUGCGGACAAAGGCAAGUGCGCCCGAUCGGUGA